AAAGGCGGACAGAAGCUAGAUCACAUGGGAAGUAAGGGCAGAACGUCGAAGUUAUUGGUCAGGACGGCGGGCACCGCGGUGAACAACAAGAACGCCGCUCUACAGGCCAUUGCGACCUCCGGGAACACGAUUGUCACCGACAAGAUUAAUUCAUCGAUCAAAAAGAACGACGGUAAUAACUCUGAGAGCCUGAAACCCGCGGGUGAAUCGCACAACGCGAGCAAGAACGCGUCCUCCGUUGUUAGCGCGAAGCAAUCCGGCACCUCUACGUUCAGUGGCGUACGAUCCGUCAGUACCUGCGUCAACAGCACCGCGCACGAGAAUCCGAUGAAGAGUCCGAAGGAUUACGCCGCGCCGAAGAAGUUCCCGGUGGAGGCUGACACGGGAAUCAAGAGCUACCAAUCGGAUUACAAGGAAUCGGUGUCCGUGAACAGUCCGGAUUACAAGAACAGCAGGAACAGCGGCGGUAGUGGUAGUGGCAGCGGUGGUGCGUCGAUCACCGGCAACCUCCCGUUAAGGUUCGCCGCGCAGCAGUCGUCGACCGCGCCGGGUUUGCACAGAGAGAACCACACGCCGUCCACCACGUACACGCAGUCCGGCAUUCCGCGGAACGAGCACAGCAGCGCGUUCGCGGUCGCGCGCAAGGCGCUGGAACAGCAGCAGAACUCGGUGCCGAAGAUGGCACCGAUCAAUUUCCCGCCGCUGCGCGCACCGCAGAGCAUCGUGAACGUGCGGCAUCCGCUGCUGACGGACGCGCGUGCCAAGCACGCGAGCGAGACGGUCGGCGGGCCGGCUGGCGGCGGCAAGUCCAAGCUCAACGUCAUGAGCUCGCUACAGGCUGGGGUGAAGGACUUGACCGAUCACGGGCGUACGCAGACCACGUAUCACGGUUACGGCACCUCGCCGAUCGCCGCCGCCAUACCGAGCGGUAUACAGAACCUCAGCAACGCAGUGACGGCCAGCAUCUCGCCGUACCCGCGACCGGACUCGUUCCCGCAGCCGACCGUCGCGAGUGUGCUCUUCUCGGAUACCGCGGCACAGUUCCCGCAGUCCCCGCCGUUCAGCACCACGCAGCUGGGCCAGCUGAAUCAGUAUCAGACCUACGACCCGGGCAGCUUCGCCACCACGCCGGUCAACGUGAACCCGGUGAUCCCGCAGUUCUCCGCCGAGAGCUCCAUCCCGUAUCCGCAGUACGAGAAUCCGCCGCAGUUCGUGCCGCCGAAUCACUACCCGACCGCCGACAUGACCAACAGCCAGUACCAGUACCAGGCGGCAGCGGCUGCGGCGGCGGGCGUGGGUCAGAUACAGGACUCGUCGAUGUUCAUACAGAGUCUUCAGAGCCCGAUUGCUGUGACGGAUCAAUACGCCGCGCCGAAUUACGCCAGGGCCGUUAGGACGGACCUGAUACCACGGAGGUUGAGGCCGCCGCGAUUCAACAAGUAAAACCGUCAGAUAUUCUCGCUAGAUUCUUUAGUACCGUAGAAAAACUGGGGAACGUUUGGCGUUCGACGGCGCGUGAACGUCCUGCACUUCCUUACCCUUGUAUCACGAUUCGCUGAUCCCGGCAAGGAUUCGGAAAGUACAACUGGUCUUAAUUUUCUAACGUAGGAAUUACUUGCCGAUCUGGAAAACGAAUUGACGUAACGAUGGCGUAAUUAUCAUUCGUCGUUACAUCCGGGUAGCUCGCGUGUACGUGUGGAAUUUGUCAUGCUACGUGCGUCAGUCGCAUCGUGUGAAGAAUGUGAUGAAAGUUAUUUCAAUUCCUGAUCCAGUUUGAAAUAAAUUUUAGCCAAUCUGAGAAGGAGUCACUCAAUCGGCUCAAACGGUAACGUGGCAAAUUUCGUGUUUCGAUUUACACGCGAACCCGAGAUUGUCGUCGACACGCGCUUAUAUCCGGAACGAUGCAUUUCACGGAGUAGGGGGAAGUAGCGAUUUUACACUUGUUUCAAGUCGUUCGAUGUGACCACGGCAGGGCAUAAUGAGUUGAGCUCAACCAUAAUUUUACGAUGUAAUUUAAUCUACAGCGCGUAUCAUCAGAAGGGGGCAACAUAAAGACACGCUACCUACAAAGUUGUACGUAAAUUACGACUGUGUGUGUGCUACGAUCAGAAUGGAAUUACCCCGUGCGAGUCGGGUGAUCGAAUUAGUUUUCAAGUGAUAGAUGCGCGGGAUGGGCGGAUAAGUCCCAGCGCAGAGAACGCUGCGCUUCAACGCAGAGAGAGGUAGAAAGGAGUCUCGUGAGGAUUGAAAGGAAAAACAAAAAGAGGGAGAGAAUACUAUCUUACGGUUAUCGUGUAAGACCUAGUUUUAAUGAAUGAUAUUCUACAAGCUAUACUUUGCAUAGAAUUAGUGGAAGUUUUCCAAUACUUACAUAAUACUUAGCUUACCGCUAUGUUUUUAAUGUGCUUCACUAUUUGCAUAUGGGGUGGUGGUGUAAUGAUGCCUGAGACGAAUGCACGCAAGAGAGUAAGAGAGAGAGAGAGAGAAAGGAAGGAGUCCGUAGACGCGGCAGAAGUGUAGAAAUUUUUGUUACCGAGAGUAGAGUGACGCGUAUCGUUCGACUUUUGCUCCCAUUACCGCGAAACGUUACAUCUCUACUAAGCGUAUGCACAGUGCAAAAAAAAGAGAAGAACGUAGCUUUGCGGCGAUCCGAGUAUAGCUAUUAUAAACACGUGAUCGCGGAUGUAAGGAAAUCUAUAAUCUUUCAGUGGUGUAUGUUUUUUCCUUUAGUAUAGGUAGCUCAUAAACUCAUAAGCAUCACAUAUUAAUACGCGUGUAAGGACUAAUUAAGGUUUCCUCGUUAAAGUACACACGUCAAGUCUGAGUGUGGCCCGAGGUGUGUAGCCGAGUGCAUGUAUCGGAUUCCGAAUUUGCCUGUGACGUAUAAUUGACGUGAUCACCGGAUGAGACUUUUAUACUAAAUGAAAAAGAGUAACAUCGCGAACAUAGUGGAGGAGCACACGCGAAACGCGUCGAGACAGCAGGCCGGCGGCUCGAUCGCGAGGUGAGGAGCACUUCCGGUCCGGUCGCCAGUUGUCGCAUUCACGGAUCGUGAUAUAUCCCUCUGAUCCGUUAAAUAUCGUGCGAAUUUGGAAGCACAAGGAUCUCUGCGAGGCCGAUCUCAUUGACGUCAGAUUCGGUUCUAACUCUGAUCGAAUCUUUCUUCAUUCACGUUGUAAUGAUCAAUAUUGUAAUUAUUGCAAUAUUGAUUAUUACAAUGUAAGCGGGAAAUAUGUAUUUUCAGGGAAAAACAUAAAUUCAUAGAUCAGAUUUAAUCGGAUCGCGACAGUAGGUGUGAUCGGUCUUCGAAGAAGGAUUUGGUGGCGGUAAAUGUGUUAGGUGUAGCACCAGCGAACGUGCGGUACGAGCUUUACUUUUCUUACAAUUGGCGUUCCACUUUUUGAUCUUAUCUUGUUUGUAAAAUUACAAAUCUGCGUGUGCAUACGCCAUUUUGAGUUUGCGAUGAUUCAGGAAUAUUCACGGUACCGAAUCAACCUUGUAAUCUGUAAAGUAGUAUAUUCUUUUGUACAUAGUGCUGUGUAAAAGUGGCACCGUAAGAUAGAGAGCAUUCGUUAGCAUAAUAAUCAUAAGUGUUAGGGCCGAUAGCAGCAACAUCGAUUAGUACUGCUGACUGGUUCGAUAUAUCUUUUUUUUUUCUACCAAGAAAACCAAGACUUUCUGAAAACAACUUACUAAAUCGCGAAAUGAUUCCUAAAGUACUUUUCUAUUUUGUUUGAUGAUGAAAAGUAUGUUUUCUAGAUCUCCUGGCAGGAAACCUCGACCGAGAGAUUUACCGAAAUUGGUGCUAAUUGACGUUGCCACGAUCGAACCUCGGCUUCCCGGAAAUCAGCGGAAGGCGCGGAAUUAUAGAAACGAAAUCGUGUAUGCACACCUUCUGCGAUUGUCAGGCCGACGGCGUCGUCUCAGCAACGCGUCGCUGUGAUCCCUUGAUGCGCGCGCGCGCGUGUCCAGAGUACAAAAAAAAAGAAACGUCGGGGUGUCAGGAAAAACGUUUGCACGUUCAACGGAUCACAGAAACGCGCGAAUCGAGCGAAAGGGGUGAGAAAAAACGGAGAGAAACCGGUCGGAGCGAGCGCGUGAAGAGGGAGUCGCCCGCGUGAUUUAGCGAUUGUGAAAGAGAGUGUGUGCUUCAUACGUAUACCUUUGGAAAAUAGGCAUUACUUACAUGCAAAGUAUAGAAUGUGUAUGUGUGUAUAGACAUACAUUCGCGCUAAGGCGAUGAUAAAUGCGGUCUCGCCUCCUUCCCUCUCGUACGGGAAGCAAUCCGCGCCAUCGGCAGCUCAGGUCCCUCGGAACCACCGGAAAGACCAGGACCGACUCGUCGCGUCGAUCCGCGACGCUGGACGUUCCGCUCCCGAGGUAUCGGUCUACUUGGGGAUCUUCGCGAGACCAAGCGAAUUCCCUUCGGGGAGAGGUUGAACGCGACGUAUUUACCUCGGACGUUGCAGCGCGAUGCUUUCAGCUAAACCGUUGAUAUACUUAUAUUCCGACAGAAUUUCUUUAUCGUGAUCUCUUGCCGCGUGAUAACUUGUGAUUCAUUCGGGUUCUUCAAAAAUAAAAUCGUCUUGAUGGAACUGCUCGCUGUUCCAUCAAGGCGGAUGCAUCGCCGAAAUGUGCAAAUGACCCACCGACAGACAGAGUCAUUAAAACUGUGAAAGUUUUUAGCAUUUCUUUAUGGGGCACACUUGCUGCUUACUUUUAAUGUGAUAAAUGUAAUGUGGACAAAAAAUGGUACCACGCGAAUCUGAUAAAUCGUAAGAGAUUUCAUUUGCACAUUCCACUUCUACUAACGUAAAAUCACGCUAUCGUGAGGAGAGACAGAUCUGAAGACACGCUGUCGUCGAAAUUCACUUCGUCGGAAUCGCGGGCUUUUCUGAACGACCUCGCGAAAUUGAAAGUUUUAUUAGGCGCCUCAUAUCCAAUGAACGUGAUGCAAAUCGUAUUAAUCUUCGCAGCGUUUCGUUCUCGUGUAACGUAUUGCUGGGUGACGCUCGCGAUAAAUCGUGAUUAACGUCAAGUCUUUUAACGAACGAGAGUCUUUGAGAAUCAAUUUUUAACAACUUAAUCGCGCAUCACUGCGGUAUUUUGAGGUGGAGCAGGGCAAAACGCCAAGUGAUUACAGAGCGGUGGGCGCGCGCGGCGUAGAUCGACGCGUUGAAUAAAUUAAAAUGAAAAGAAUAAAAAUGCCAAAAAAAAAGAAAAAUAAGAAAGAGGGGAAAAGAUCGUCAGUGAUAGGGAACGAAAAUGGACGAAGCGGACUUCUCGGUCUUCCUAUGAGAGAGACGAGGAGAUGGUCUUCGUGGACCAAUUAGGAAUGAGAAAAGGAACCGGAUCUUCGAUUCGAUCCACGACCGACUGUCAUACUUAUGUUUUUUUUUUCUCAUAUUCUCCGCUGUAGAAAGAACAUAGUAUGUAGAGAACGGACUGUGAGAGAAAUGGACGAGAGCGGACGUCUCCUGGGGACAUGGGGGAGGAUCCUGUUAAGGAUCGUUUACGGACGAGAGAAGGAACCGAUGGGUCUUCGACGCGAUCCUCGACAGACUUUCUGUCGCUUCUCUUUUCUCGUUCGUGUCCUCCAUAGUACGAGGGGCCUUCUGGACCGCUCGCGUUCAUCCGCAGUUGGCUCCGGACCGAACACACAGUUCUGUGUGGUUUGUAAGCAAAUACAAAUCACACGAACAAUUCAUAUUUCAAUCAAGUAUUCUUUCCUGACUGAAAUCUUACACGAAGUUUUACAAUUUUUCUAGUCGAAAAACAUGCUAUUAUUCAAUAAUAAGAUUUACAUUGGAUUACUAUAGUUAAAAAGUACUAAAAAAAUAGGAGAUGUUAUAUUUUUCUUUUAUAUUUAACAGAUAACUCUUUCCAACUUCUUUAUGAUUUUAGUCGAGGUCUCACGCAUCAGACUUACUUGGGUUUUCUAUUUUAUCCCGAUGGAUGUGCUCGAUCGCGGUUCGUCAGGUCCAUAUUGAUCCUUAAAUUCUACUGUGACUUGUCGUCACACGAGUUAAGAACCGCAUUAAAAGAACCGGGCGAGUGUUUAGUAGCAUUUAAGGAUUAAAGAGAUAUUUGCGCGAGAUCGUCCAAUCUCACAAAGAAGUGAAGAAAAAGAGAGGAGCGACGUAGCGAUUUCCUUAUUUUCGUCGAAUAAACUAUUGCGUUUUCUAAAGCUUUGUAAAAAAAAAUGGGAAGAAAUAGAAUAUUUAUGUGUAGGUAGAAAAUGAAGAUGAUCCUAAAGACAAGUCGCUAGCGUGCUUCGCGACGAGAACAUGAAUGCGUCUCGCACGUCGAAGCAUGAAUCAAUUUGCUUUCGGAUAGAUCUCAAAUUAUUCUAUACAAUUGUACAAACAAGCAGUAUAUUCCCGAAGGUUUCAUUGCUCCAUUUGGUCUAUACAAAGAAAAGCGAAAUGGACGGAAAUACGAAUCCUGCGAGCAAAGUUUGCAGCGAAGUCGCGUGAUAAAUCCGCCAAAUUUGUAUAUGCAACUCAUAUAAUUACGCUACUUGUCUAUUUUCGUUCGUGAUUUUUAAUCAUACUACAUACAUGAUUAAUUUGCGUUCGCGGCUUAAAUAGCGAAACAUACUAAUAUAUCGAAUUUAUUUUUGAUUGCUCGAAAAUCGAAAUUAUCAUCGUAUAAAUAAAGUAUAAAAAAUAUCCCGAAUGUUUUGUUAAAAUCUUUCGAUGCGAAAUGCGAUCAUUGCGAGAAGAAGAAUCUAAUAUGAGAAGUUGCAUGAGCAAUGGAAAAUUUUUUUAAUAGCGUAUAAUGAAUCUUGCAAAUAAUGAUACCAGUUAAGGAUUAAACACAUCAAUUCGAAUCUUUUCUUAUUUCCAUUUUUGAUAGAGAAAUACGAUUUAUUUGUUUUGUUUUCUCAGAUUUUCUUUGAUUUUUUCAGAUCAUUGUAAGAUAUACGUAAGGAGGUGACUCAGGCAGAAGAAGUGAAUUUUUGUAUGCGACUUAUUUCUAUUGUUUUUUUCUUUCUUUCUCCUUUCCUCAAUUGAAUUGUUUCGCUUUUGUUACUUUCUUAAGUCAAAUUAUUCUUCGCGCGAGAGCGAGCGCGGUUAUAAACCAUCAAUACAAUCGAUCUAUUAGCACAUGACACGGACAUGGCAUACAGAUAACGACUUGAAAGCAUAUAACGGAGCCCUAACUGUGUAACACGUGGGGUAUCGAUAUCUUAUAAUCAGGCAAAAGGUUGUUCUAUGUAUGAUUGUGCGUGUAACAUUGUUAAUAAACAUACGAUGCUUA